AUCAUUCCUUAUUUAACAUAAAUUGAUAUAUAAAGAACAAAAAUAUGAAUAGGUAUCCUUUGGAUGCAACUUGAUGAGUCUCAGUCCUCCCCUCCAAUGUCUCUCUCUUGUCGCAUCCUUCAUCCAUAGACAAUACUUAAUAAUAACAAUACCUUCUCCUGUAAACACCACCAUCUCCACCCUUUACAAUCAUCAUGUGACUUCCUAAACUGUCGCAAAAACAUCUUACGACAAUCCUUACUCCUUAACUUUUUGUAAACACGCGCAUACAUAUAUACAAACAUGUUGUGUUUUGCGGCAGAAGCAAGCGGCUAGGUUGUUCAAAGGCACACCACAGUGUGUGUUGUCUAUAUAUAACAGUCUCUGUGUGCAGAAAAAGAAGGGAAAGGGACUAACUUUGGCACCCCAAUUGAGCUCUUGCAGCAAUGAAGGUCAACUCCCCCAGCGCCGCCGUGGAAAAGGCCGCCGGUGAUGGCAUCAAGGCGUGGAAUUCCGGUGGAAGCCACCUUUUGGCCAGAAGGGUCAUACAAUUCACCAUGUUCCUUGUUGGGUUUGCUGUGGUGUGGAUGUUUCUCUAUAGCUCUGCUUCUCCCUUUGGAUUCCCUGCCUUCUCAAAUUACUUCAUGGAUGACUCAGCAAAAGCGAAAUAUGAUCCAAAGCUAGAGAGAGUUCUUAGAAGCGCAUCUAUGAAGGAUAAGACAGUGAUAAUCACAACUUUGAAUGAUGCAUGGGCAGAGCCAGGUUCCAUAUUUGACCUCUUUCUUGAGAGUUUUCGCCUUGGAAAUCAGACAGAGAAGUUUCUUAAACACUUGGUGGUAAUAACUUGGGACCAAAAGGCACAUGCUCGUUGUCUUGCUUUGCACAACCAUUGUUAUUAUCUUGAAACAAAAGGUGACAACUUCACCGGUGAAGCAUUUUUCAUGACAGCAGACUACCUAAACAUGAUGUGGAGAAGAAUUGAAUUCCUAGGUUCUGUCCUUGACAUGGGGUACAACUUUGUGUUCACGGAUACUGAUAUAAUGUGGCUUAGAGAUCCCUUCAAGCGAUUUUACAAAGACACAGAUUUCCAAAUAGCUUGUGAUUAUUUCAAUGGCAAUUCCUAUGACUUAAACAACUUUCCAAAUGGAGGGUUUAAUUAUGUGAAAUCGAAUAGCAGAACUGUUAGGUUCUACAAGUUCUGGUUCAACUCUAGGAGUUCCUACCCCAAGUUGCAUGACCAGGAUGUCCUGAACAAGAUAAAAAAGAAUUCCUUCAUCUCCAACAUGAAACUGAGCAUUAGGUUCCUUAGCACUGAUUAUUUUGGCGGAUUUUGUAAUCAUGCAAAGGACUUCAACGAGGUCUUAACAAUGCAUGCCAAUUGCUGUGUUGGUUUAGAAAACAAAGUCAGUGAUCUCAAAAUUUUGCUUGAGGAUUGGAAGAAGUAUGUGGCAUUGCCUGAAAAUGAGAAAAAACAGUUUCAUCCUUCUUGGAGCAUUAGCUGCAGCACGUCGUUUCAACGUGCCAAAGAAAGAAGGAAGCAGAAGAAGAAUAAUAAAGGGAGGAAGUUGUGACAGACUCUGGCUGUAACUGUUGAUUCAUGUAUAAAAAGGUGAUUGAAGAAUGAUUGACUCAAAUUUGGGGUUACAGAUUAAGGUUGAGAAGCCAGUUAUCUUGCAACAAAAUAGAACGGUGUAGAAGAGAA